UUCAAGUAUAAUUCUGCCAUUCGUCACCGCCACUUUUCCUGACCCGUUGUUUAAGUCAGCCGUUUGACUCAUGCGACCAACCAAAAGACAUCGCAUCCUCAACGAUGAACAUGGUGCAUUUAAGUCGUUUUCCGGUCCAAUUCGGCAGGCGAUUGUACUCAGCUCCUGCCAGCGGGGCUAUUCCCGCGGCGAAGAAGAAGUAUGUUCCAACAAGCGGGACGUAUCCCCAAGGCUUCAAAGUCUCGGGCACCGUUGUCGGAGUGAAGCCCAGCAACACCACCAAGCCAGAUCUCGCCUUCAUAACCUCAGACCGUCCGUGUGCCGCAGCUGCUGUUUUCACCAAGAACAAGUUUCAGGCCGCUCCGGUGACGUUCAGUCGUAACCUACUGCAGCUAAGGAAGAAUGCAGGUCUCCAGGGUGUGCUCAUCAACUCAGGAUGUGCCAAUGCGGUGACCGGGAAGGGCGGUCUGGAGGAUGCCGAGGCCAUGGCUGGCGCCGCCGACAAAUCUCUCGGAGCCAACAAGGCCACAAUAGUCAUGAGCACUGGUGUUAUCGGACAAAGGCUACCGAUCAAGAAAAUUUUGGAUAAUGUGCCUGCAGCAUUCGAGCGACUGGGGGGUUCGCAUGAUCACUGGAUGUCCUGUGCUACAGCCAUUUGCACGACAGACACAUUCCCCAAGCUCAUCUCUAAGAGCUUUGGUCUUCCUUCAUCGCCUUCGACGGAGUACCGCAUUGCGGGUAUGACCAAGGGCGCCGGCAUGAUUCACCCCAACAUGGCAACGCUGCUGGGAGUUAUCGCCACAGAUGCACCCAUUUCAUCCACUGUUUUGCCAUCUCUUCUCAAGAAUGCCGUCAACAAAUCAUUCAACUCCAUCACCAUUGACGGCGAUACGUCCACCAACGAUACGGUAGCCUUGCUGGCUAACGGUGCUGCCGGAGGUGCCGAGAUUACAUCAGAGAGCUCUGAAGACUACCGAGCAUUCCAGGCUGUUCUCUCCGAUUUCUCUACGGAUCUUGCCAAGCUCGUCGUUCGAGACGGCGAGGGUGCGACCAAAUUCGUCACCAUUAGGGUCGAGGAAUCCUCGAGCGAGGAAGGGGCGCGAAGGAUCGCUAGCACUAUCGCUAAGUCACCGCUAGUCAAGACUGCUUUGUACGGAAAGGAUGCCAACUGGGGCCGCAUUCUCUGCGCCACAGGCUACUCUAUGAUCACCGAGCCAGGCGCCCCUGAGAACGAAGUGACCGAAAUCAUUCCCGAGAAGACUAACGUCUCUUUCAUUCCAUCUGACGGUAGCGCUGAGCUGAAGCUGUUGGUUGAUGGUGAGCCCGAAACCGUUAACGAAGAAAGAGCAGCCCAGAUCCUGGAGCACGAGGACCUGGAGAUCCUCGUGCGCCUUGGAACUGGAAAGGAGAAGGCAACAUACUGGACUUGUGAUUAUUCCCAUGAGUACAUCACUAUCAAUGGGGAUUACCGGACAUAAAAAAAAGGG